UUAUCCCAUUCUUCACGUUCCUAUGCUGGGCAACACUAUAGAAAAUAAAUGUCGGCUGUUGUACCGUCUUCUCCUGAUCCAAGACUCGUCCAGUCACUUCUGGAGGACUCGUGCUUAUCUGGAGGAGGAGGAGCCAAUUGUAACGUGAAUUACAGUAUUGUCAAGACCGAAAUGAUGGCAUCCGAAGAAAAUCCGACUUCACAUUACGAUAACUCUAGCCCCUGUUACACCCUUCUACAGCCCAUGCAGCGGAACCCAAGUCCUGUUUUGAUGGCUGGAGUCUCAGACGAUCAGAUUCCAAGACACUUCGAAAGGUCGCCACCACCUCUAGUGUACGACGAUCCAAUGCAAAAAUGCUUUCAGAACUCCCCAAGAGGACCAGGGCUUAAAAUUGAAACACAUUUUGAAGAUAUUUCUCCUACUGUACCGCCACCACACGCGGGGUACAUGUCGCAGUCCGGACAUCAACCAGACAAUUUUGAGGAAUCUGUUUUGCGGGCACUCCAGGAGGAGAUCGACCACAUUUGCCAGAUUCUUGAAAUUUGUCCAGAUCCCACUAAAUGGACAAAUCAAGAGGUGAACAAAUGGAUCGUAUGGUACGGGGAUCAGUUUGGUGCCCCUCAGGGGAUUACUGACAGAUUCCGUAUGAGUGGGGAGGAGCUCUGCCGCCUCACUCUGGAGGACUUUAAACACAGAUCUAAGGAUGCAGGAGCUAACUUUCAUGCUCAGCUGGAUGUUUGGAAAAAUGCUUGUAAAUUAUCCUCGAGAAGAGAGCAAAUGCCCGUGGCACCGUCGGCCCAUUACUAUAACUACAGACAAAACAGUGUAUCGUCCCCGACGAUUAGCGAAUGUAGCGAGGCUUCGGGGGCCGUGAUGAGGAGGGACGAUUACAUAUUCCAUCAAUCCUCCUCGACUGAGUAUCCCACAUCCUCCAACGCCAUGCAGCAGCCGGUGGGGUAUCAUCCUGACUACCCAUCUCAAAACGAGGCAAUGUCGUCAUACUCCGAUUACUACAGUUAUACGGAUUAUAACUACUAUGACAGUCACCCAGAUACAUCUUACACACAAACUGAUGAUCUCCCAGGCUACCCUGUAGAAUACCAACAGAAGCAGACGAUACAUCUUUGGCGCUUCCUGAAGGAACUUCUGCUUCAGCCAGAGAGAUAUGAUAGGUACAUCCGAUGGGUCAAUCGUCAAGAAGGGAUCUUCAAAAUCGAGGACUCCCCAAAAGUAGCCAAACUCUGGGGUAAGAGAAAAAAUCGACCAGCAAUGAACUACGACAAAUUAAGUCGCUCAAUACGACAAUAUUACCGUAAAGGCAUCAUCAAGAAAACCGCCAACUCCAAACGCCUCGUCUACCAAUUCUGUCCAGCCUAUCUGUGAUUUAUAAACUGUGUAUUCUAUAAAUAGUAUUGCAUUUGUGGUUGUGAUACGAUUCAAGCACUGUGAUAUUAAAUCUAAAAUGCCUGUUUUGACCAUAAGAAGUCUUUUCACAACAUAUCAAAACCAC